GCUGCAAUUUGAAAGAUUUUAGAGGUGCCCCAUACAAGAGCUACAAAAUCGCCGUUUAUGCUGAAAACCCUAGUGUCCGCCAUUCUCUCGGCAGCCGCGACCACUUCUCUGCAUGAAACCAUAGCCUGGGAAGCGAGGCAAGAGUAACUCCUGAGACAAUGGCUUCAUCUUAUGAUUACGACGAUGGCACCUACGACUCUCGUCCCUAUCCCUCGUCGGCGGGUGGCCAAUAAGGUGGCGACCUUGGUUACGAUCCCAAUUUUGUCCCUGAUUCGGUAAAGACCUUCGUCGUCCACCUCUAUCGCUACAUCCGUGAGAAGAACGUCUACGAGAUCCUCCAGAUGUACGAGGGUAGCUUUCAACGUUUGAGCGAGCGGAUGUUCCGCGACAGCCCAUGGCCUUCUGUUGACGCCGUGGCGCCGUACGUCGACAAUGAUCACGUCUUCUGCCUUCUAUACCGCGAGAUGUGGUUCCGCCAUCUCUAUGCGCGGCAAUCGCCAACAGGGCGGCAGCGAGUUGAUUCGUGGGACAACUACUGCAGCCUCUUCGGCGUCGUGCUUCAUGGAGUGGUCAACAUGCAGCUGCCGAUUCUUUGGUUGUGGGAUAUGGUGGAUGAGUUUGUUUACCAGUUCCAGUCUUAUUGUCAGUAUAGGGCGAAGCUGAAAAAUAAGACCGAGGAAGAGCUGCAACUGCUAAAGCAGUAUGAUCAGGCAUGGAAUGUGUAUGGUGUUCUUAACUACUUGCAAGCGCUUGUUGAAAAGUCCAUGAUCAUUCAGAUAUUGGAACGGGAGAAGGAGGGUCUUGAACAGUUCACUGCUACUGAUGGGUAUGAUUAUGAAGGUGGAAGCAAUGUUCUAAAAAUGCUGGGCUAUUACAGCAUGAUUGGGUUGCUGCGAGUCCAUUGCCUUUUGGGUGACUAUCAUACCGGACUGAAGUGUUUAGCUCCUAUUGAUAUAAGCCAACAAGGUGUAUAUACUACAGUGAUUGGGAGCAAUAUAUUUACUAUAUAUCACUAUGGGUUUGCAAACUUGAUGCUAAGAAGGUAUGUCGAGGCUACAAGGGAAUUUAAUAAGAUACUUCUAUACAUCCUGAAUUUCAAACAAUACCAUCAGAAAUCUCCACAAUUUGAUCAGAUAUUAAAGAAAAAUGAACAAAUGUAUGCUCUACUAGCAAUUUGCCUUUCUUUGUGUCCCCAAACCAAACUCAUAGAGGAGAAUGUUAGUGCUCAGUUGAAGGAGAAGUACAAUGAUAAGAUGUUAAAAAUGCAGAGAUUUGAUGAUGAAGCAUAUGUAGUGUUUGAUGAACUUUUCUCUUACGCCUGCCCCAAAUUUAUUACUCCUUCAGCUCCGGUUCUGGAGGAGCCUCUUAUAAAUUACAAUCAGGAUGCUUACAGGUUGCAAUUGAAGCUGUUUCUGUAUGAAGUGAAGCAACAGCAGCUACUUGCUGGUGUUCGCAGUUUCUUGAAACUAUACUCAACAAUAUCUAUUGCAAAGCUUGCUACAUUCAUUGAAGUGGAUGAGGCUACUUUGAGGACCAUUUUGAUGACAUACAAACAUAAAAUGCAUGCCGUUGAUAGUGAUGGAAAAAUCAUCAGCAAUUCUAAUUUGGAUUUCUACAUUAUUGAUGACAUUAUUCAUGUUUUGGAGACAAAGCCACGAAAGCUGCACGGUGAUUACUUUUUGCAUCAAAUCCUAAAGUUUGACGAGAUAAUUGGUGAAUUGGAGAGAGUAAGACUGGACUAAGUUUUCAUCUUUUCUGGUCUUCUCCCCUGCAAGAGGUUUCUGCUUUCUGGAAUUACCUUAUUAUGGUAGAUGUGUUGUCAGAGUAAUUCUGUGUAGCUGAAUAUGGAUAGCAAGUUCUCGUCUUUUAGUAAUUUAUUUUUUCUGUACA